CCCAGACUCUCCCCAUUAACAAAGAGAGAGAGAGAGAGAGAGCACCGUUCACUGUUCAGUAUUAUCAGGAAGGGAAGUAUUAAAUGCUGUGUGCAGUUAUUAUGGCAUUUUCAUUUUUCAACUACUACUUCCAUUAUUCAUUUAUCUACCUUUGACUCAUUUUUUCAUCUUUUCUGAGUUACUAUGAACUUGAACUGCAAUGUCACUAAUAAUUUUUUUCAUUUAUUUCACUUCUCUAGUCUCUAGGUGCUGCUUUACCACUGAUGAAUGAACGGUCCAUUUUCUCUUCUCUUCAUGGUAUUUUCUUUUUAUUACCGUUGUUGAGAAAUUAAAUGUGUGCAGUGUAAUAACACUAACACCCUCCAUUGAAUAAGUUUCGCGCUUUCUCUCUCUUUUCUAUGGAGCUGUGUUGUUUUCAGGUUGAAGAAAUUGUUUUGAAAUUUGAAAAUAUUUGAAGUUCAAUGAGGAAUUUUCACCUCUAUUUUGUGGCUCUUUCUUUGUUCAUGUUCACGUUCAUCCCUAUCAGCCAUGAGCUUCAAGAAGCUCAAACCCAAGUCUUGUUUCAGAUAAGGAAGUACCUUGAGUACCCUACCUCUUUAGAGAUUUGGGGAAAUUACAACAAUGACCUUUGUAACCGUCCUUCAUCUUCCCACACAAGCAUUAAGUGUGAUGGCAAUUCAGUAACUGAGCUCAAAAUCGUUGGGGACAAACCUAAUGUGAGGGUAGACAAAAACAACAUCAAUGGAUUUGCAGUUUCUAAUUUAACACUAUCCCCAAAUUUUUCUGUUCAUUCUUUUGUCACCACAUUGACAAGGUUAACAAGCUUAAGGGUCCUUAGCUUGGUGUCCUUAGGGAUUUGGGGUCCACUUCCUAAUAAGAUUCAUAGGUUAUCUAAUCUUCAAGUUUUGGACUUAAGCUCAAAUUUCUUGUUUGGUUCUGUCCCUUCAAGAAUGGCAACAAUGGUUAAUCUUCAUACACUAGCACUUAAUGGAAAUUACUUUAAUGACACCAUACCCAAUUGGUUUGACUCAUUGUCUAAUCUUAAUGUGUUGAGUUUGAAGAACAACCAGUUAAUUGGUUCAUUCCCUACCUCAAUAUGCAAAAUUAAGUCCCUUAAUGAUAUUUCCUUGUCCCAAAAUGAGUUAUCUGGUGAACUACCUGAUCUAAGUGCUCUCACUUCCCUUCAUGUCUUGGAUUUAAGAGAGAAUCAUUUGGAUUCUAAGUUACCAUUGAUGCCAAAAACAGUGGUUACAGUUCUUCUAAGCAAAAACUCAUUCUCAGGUGAGAUACCUAGUGAGUUUGGUGAACUGGAACGGCUUCAACAUCUUGAUCUUUCGUCAAAUGAUCUUAGUAAGACACCUCCAAAUACAUUGUUCUCUUUGCCAAACAUAAGUUACUUGAAUUUGGCGAGCAAUGCACUCAGCGGUUCCCUCCCCAACAAACUAAUGUGUGGAAAUAAACUUGGGUUUGUGGAUAUUUCUAAUAACAAGCUAAAUGGUGCACUUCCUUCUUGCUUGGCCGGCACGUCUGAUCGACGAGUUGUUAGAUACGGUGGAAACUGUUUGUCUGCUGAUUCUCAGCCUCAGCAGAGAGGGUCUUAUUGUAAUUCAGGAUUGAAGAAGUUCUCGGCAUGGGAAAUUGCUGUGGUGGUUGGUAUCAUUUUUAUAGUAGUUCCUGUGAUUUUAGCUUCCGGAGUUUUACUUUAUAGACAAGGUUACUUAAGGGAAACAUAUGAGAAUGAAGUGUUCCCAAAAGUUGUCCAAGAUUCCUCAACAGCAGGGGUUUCCUCUGAAUUCCUUGCCAGUGCCAGAUUCAUUUCACAGACAUUGAAGCUAGGGACACAAGCAACUUCGUUUUAUAGACAAUUUUCAACUGAAGAGUUGAAGGACGUCACCAAAAAUUUUGACUUGUCAACUUAUAUUGGCGAAGGUUCCAUAGGGAAGCUCUACAAAGCUAAACUGGAGAAUGGAUCCUAUACAGUGAUACGAUCUGUUGCUUUGUCGAAGAAAUGCUCAAUUCAAAACCUCAAAAUUCGGUUGGAUUUACUCUCAAAACUUCAACAUCCAAACUUGGUUAGCCUAUUGGGUCACAGCAUUGAUGGUGGUGGACAAGAUGACUCUAGCAUUCCCAAACUCUAUCUUGUAUACGAGUAUGUGCCAAAUGGGGACUAUCGCAGCCGUCUGUCAGAAUUUUCACCAGAGAAGGCAUUAAAGUGGUCUGAUAGAUUGUCAAUUCUGAUUGGAGUUGCCAAGGCAGUCCAUCAUUUACAUACUAGUGUCAUACCUGGCUGUUUUGGAAACAAUUUAAAGACGAACAAUAUUUUACUUGAUGAGCAUGACAUUCCAAAACUAAGUGACUAUGGCAUGUCCAUCAUUGCUGAAGAGAUUGAAAAGACUGAGGCAAAGGAAGAUAAUCCAGAAUUAGAUGACGAUGUUUAUAACUUCGGAUUCAUACUGUUUGAAUCACUUGUUGGACCUGUCGCAAGCGGAAAAGGGGAAGCAUUUUUUCUUAAUGAAAAGGCAUCCUUUGAUAGUCAUGAUGGUAGAAGAAAAAUUGUAGAUCCAACGGUGUUGACCACUUGCAAUCAAGAGUCACUAUCAAUUGCAAUAUCCAUCACAAGCAAAUGCAUAUCGCCAGAAUCCUCAUCACGUCCUUCUUUUGAAGAUGUUCUAUGGAAUUUACAGUAUGCAGCUCAAGUCCAAGCCACAGCUGAAGCAGAACAAUGAUCGGAUUCUACAUCAUAGGUUCAUG